ACAACACAUAAUCAUGUAUUCCUUAGUCAAUUGUAAUGGAAUAUCGCACAUUGCUAUUAAAUGUUCACCUAAGUGAAUACACCAGGUAAAAAUGACAGAUAAAAUAUCAUAUUUUAUAUUUAAAUGAAAACAAAAUCCGGACGACGAAAGUGGCGGAUGUAAGCGUUCUCACGUGGGGCCCCAGCGAAGCGCCAUGCUGUCGGCGCCGGCGUGACUCCACUCGUCAAAGUCAGACUUGAAUAUCGUUCCGGAGAUCGGAGUGCCUCUUCUUGUGGCUGUAGCUACGAUGUGGAAAAGUAUACUUAUGCUCUUUGCUUUGUGUGUAAUAACUUAAGGAAUGUGUGACGUGAAGGGGUAAGAUACACGACUAGAUAUUGUACAGCUGAACAGAGAGAUCCUCAUCAUUUGAUUGAAUGACAAAUACGUUUUUUCAGAAUUCUAGUGAUUUCAGAGAGGAAAUGUAUCAUGUAUGUUUCUUCGAAAUAUAAAAUCCCUGCACUGAAAUAAACAUAAAACUUGACUGCAUAAUGCUCACAAGAUUUCUAAUGUAAUUUCUGCGCGGCGCUAGUAUGAAAUUGACAGCAGCAAUUAAAUAAAUAUCGCCAUUCAUAGUAGUUUUGUUUAUUUGUUUUGAUUGACUUUUUUGCAGCUCACCUUUCCUCAUGUUCUGUCUUUUAAGUUGAAAUGUUUGACCGCCUUCCUUAUGUUGCUUUUCGUGUCAUUCAGCAGAUGUUUCAUGACGCAACUAUUAUGGCACUCAUUUCUCCUGUUCAGCUGCACACCUGUGAACUCGCCUUCUUAAGAUGUGGACUUUUGUCGGAAUCCGAGUCUGAAUCCGUGCUGCCCGUCCUGCCAUGCUGAGACUGCGGGCUUUGUGGCGCCAUCCUUGCCGGGCUCUCCAUGUUGGCAGAGCAAACCGGGACCAGAUUUUGGAGCAGCUUCGCGUCUGCUCUGCAGAAGUCCAGGUGUUCGACGUGGUAGGCAAGCACAAGGCCAAGUUGGGGGCCGGCCAUGUGGCCGGUGCCCUCGGGAUGCUGUGGCAGUUCCAGAAGGAGAAACCUCACAUUCUGCGCACCCUCGAGAUGAUUCGGACCCACCCGCAGUUCCUCACACUCUGCGUGCUGGCUGAGAACAAGAUUGCGGUGAUGGAUGAUUCCGCUGUUGUGGACAUGCUGUACAAUGUCCUGAGGCUCACGGUGGAACCUCAUGAUUCUCUGGUCCAACAGCUGGUUACCGAAGCUUGGAACAGAUUGGACAGAUUGCAGUUGUCGACACUGUCCAAGUUUGCCGUCUGCCUAAGUGAUCAGCACCUGCAUCACAGCCCCUUAAUGGGUCAAAUCACUGACAUUUUAAGCCAGAAACUGGAAUCUGUGGAAGAUAUCAGGGUUCUGACUAACCUAAUGGUCAGUGUAUCCACUCUGGCCUCUCCGCAUUUGAGGGACAGAUUGAUUGAGCGGGCAGAUGCUCUUCUGGACACCAUGAACCCAUCCCUCCAUCGCAACUCCAGAAGGGUGGUCCAGUUUCUGCGCAACAUCAGAUACUGCUACCGCCCCCUGCUGGAGAAGUGCAAUCGUGUCUUUCUGCACGGCAUAGGGGACAUGGAUGCCGAGAGCAUUGGCAUCAUUCUGGGGCUGUACCAGUCCCUGCAGUUCAACAGCUGCGACUUCCGCUUGGCUGUCCGGGAGAGGCUCGCCGAACUUUCAGACACUUGUACAGACCCCAACUCCUUCAGCAAGUAUUUUGCUGCCCUUGGACCCCUUGCCAGGCUGGAAACCAGAGAGGGCUUGGAAAGUUCAGCCCUGCUGUUGGUUGAUGAACUUAACCCCCAGCAAGCAUUGGCCGUCGUAGAGACACUGGAGGAGACUCAAUGCAGGAACCUGCAGCUGAUCACCAAAAUUGCGUCAGUGCUGCAUAGGAACUUGGAUGUGUUCCGGCCAGCAGAAAUCGCCAGAAUCACGCAAGCGCUCAUUGUACUUCACUAUCAGAGCCCAGAAAUGUUCACCAAACUGAGGAGCAAGCUGGUGGGCCACUUGGAGGUUAGCGUGAUCCCCCAAGAGGUGGCCAUGCUGACACGCGUGCUGUCUAUGCUGCCCUGCCCUCGCGUGGAGGAGACGGUCACGUCCCGUGUGAAAGCAGUACUGCCCCAGUGUAACCUGAAUGAGCUCAACAGCAUUGCCCAGGCUGCAGCCCGGUGGGCACGUGGCAGCAUCCCGUCUUACCAUCACAGCACACCUGGCACCUAUGUCCAGCUGCUGCAGGUGCUCAGUCGCUGUGGACUGGAACGUGUGCGCAUGGCCCACAGGCUGGACCUGCUCCUGGAAGAGCUCAAGUAUGUUUCAGGGGAGUGGUUUGAGGAGGUGCUUCUGGAGGAGACCAUGGUUACCCUCCAGAGACUGAAGGGGCAGAUUACUUUCAAUGACCUACCUGAGUUGUGCAUGGUUCUAACCAGAAGCGGCUAUCUUUUCCCCUCACUUAUGGAUCACAUUGCCAGUAUAACCAUGGAGAACAUCCACAAGAUUCACUAUUCCACGACCUAUUCUAUUCUGCUUCCAUUUUCCGUGCUGAACUAUGAUCCACCGAACGGGGAGUUCUUUGAGACCUGCAUCGAGAAUUUCACCCCUUACAUUGGCUUAUUUGACCCCCACCUGUUGGUUCUGCUGGCCUGUUGUUUGGCAGUGGCUGACUACUUCCCCGAGAGCCUGAUUAGGGAAAUCUUCACCGUGGACUUCUUGACCAAGUUGGACUCGCAGCUGGAAACCCUUCCAGACACCCUGAACAUGCGGAUUCGCCUGCGCCUGAUGGAGCUGAACCGAGCAGUGUGUCUUGAGUGCCCAGAAUUCCAGGUGCCUUGGUUCCAUGAGCGCUACUGCCUGCAAAUGCAGAAGAAAGGCCAUGGUGUCAUCAGCCCUUUUCAACAACAAAUCCACAAGAUGCUGGGAGAGGUUCUUGGAGGAAUGAACUAUGCCAAAGUGGCUGUCUUAACUCCCUAUUUCUACACAGUAGACUUUGAGUGUGUCCUGGACAGAUAUAUGCGACCAGUACCCAUCGCUGAGCAUAGCCAGCUGCAGGUCACAGAGGAGGAGAAGGUCCAAUGGGGACUAGGUUCUGCAUGGAAGGAGCAAAAUGAGCUGCCAGCUGGGGCACAGCGCAUUGCUGUGGACUUCCUGGACUCAAGGUCCUUCUGCAGGAACUCGGGUCACAUGAAAGGAGAUGCCGUGAUGAGGAAGAGACACCUGGAAAUUUUGGGUUAUCAUGUUGUCCAAAUCCCUCACUUGGAGUGGAAUUCAAUGGAACUGUCCAACAUGGAAGCUUGGAAGGAAUACCUGAGAAAGAAGAUAUUUACUGAAUACUCCAAAUGUGACUAGUGUGUUAAAACACAGGAAAAAAAACAUCCAUAUUUAUUUCAGAUGUUUUAUAUUCUGGAAUUUUGUCAUUUAACAUGGUGACUGUAUGAAGGUAUGUGUAUUUAAGGGACAGAUGUCACAUUAAGUGCUUCUUGAAUGUUCUGAAAUAUCAGUACCGCUUUCGAUGUGUACUCCCUACAUCUGAUUUUAUAAAUG